AUGGCGCCCCCAACAGGUGCCAGUGCACUCUCUUCAUUGCUGCUCCUGGUGACCAUGGCAGGUUGUGCCUGUCAGCAGUGCGUCAAGGGGAGGACGUACUCCAACACCGUCAUUUCGCCCAACCUGGAAACCAUCCGAAUCAUGCGCGAGCCCCAGACGUCCCUGGUGGAGGACUGCACCGCGGCUUGCUGCGACCUCCCCAGCUGUGACCUGGCCUGGUGGUUUGAGGGCCGCUGCUUCCUGGUGAGCUGCCUGCGCCAAGCGAACUGCGAGCCCAAGAAGAUGGGGCCCAUCAGGUCUUAUCUCACGUUCGUGCUUAGGCCUGUGCAGGGCUCUGCACAGCUGCUGGACUACGGGGAGACGAUGCUGAACAGGGGCUCCCCCUCAGGAGUCUGGGGGGACCUGCCUGAGGAUAUUCGAAAGGACUUGCCCUUUCUAGGCAAGGACCGGAGCCUAGAGGAGAUGUCUGAGUACCCGGAUGACUAUGGGGAGCUAGAGCAGGACCUCCUGCAGCCGGUCAGCAAGCAGGAGCCCCGAGGGAGGGCUGGGGACACUGGCUGGGGCCUGCUACCCGGGAGCAAGGGAGGUUUCAACUCCUCUGUGGGCGACAGCCCAGCACCAGUGGAGAAGCAACUGGACCCUGAGCUCCAUGACCUGGACCCAGCACGCCGGAAACCCAAUGAGUCAGCUUGGACCCCUGCCCCCAGACGCUCCCCUGAGAGAAGUUUGGUGACGACCCCAUCUUCAGGAGAGGUGUUAGAGAGAGAAGAGGCUUUCCAGCUCCGGGAACAACCCAGCAACAGCUCUGGAAAAGAGGUGCUAAUGCCUUCUGAGAGUCCUCCAACCAGUACGGAGCCCAGCUCAGCCCCAUCGGAGAAAAGACUUGUUCUUACCAUCAGCCCAUGGAGCACAGUGCACAGCGCCCCACCGCUCCCCACCAGCGCAGUCCCCACUGGCUCCACUCUCCCCGAGCAGCCCACCUCUCCUACCCUUGCUCCCGGGACAGUGAAAGAACUCACAGUGUCUGCUGGAGAAAACCAGGAAAUAACUUUACCCAACGCUGAAGUCCAACUGGAGGCCUUCGUUGUGCCGGCGCCCCCUGCAGAAACAGCCUACAACUAUGAAUGGAGUCUAAUAAGCCACCCUGAAGACUACCAAGGGGAGAUAAGACAAGGAUACACGCAAACCCUUAACCUCUCUGGAUUGUCAGCAGGGUUUUAUGCCUUCAGAGUGGCUGUUUCCAGCGAAAAUGCCUUUGGAGAAGGCUUUGUCAAUGUCACCGUUAGGCCAGCCAGAAGAGCCAACCUGCCUCCCGUGGCAGUCGUCUUGCCCCAGACACAGGAACUCAUCCUGCCUGAGACAUCCGCACUCUUCGACGGCAGCCAAAGCACAGAUGAUGCUGAAAUAGUGAGCUAUCGCUGGGAAGAGGUUGGCGGGCCUCUCCUGGGACCCCAGGCCUCGGUGGACUCCCCGCUCCUGCGCUUGUCGAACCUCGCUCCUGGGAACUACACGCUCAGGUUGACCGUAACAGACUCGGAUGGAGCCACUAACUCCACUACGGCAGCCCUGAUAGUCAGCAAUGCUGUGGACUGGCCACCAGUUGCCAAUGCGGGCCCAAAUCAGACCCUAACUUUGCCCCAGGACUCCAUCAUUUUGAAUGGAAACCAGAGCACAGAUGAUCACCAGAUUGUCCUCUAUGAGUGGUCGCUGGGUCCUGGGAGUGAGAGCAAGGAGGUGGUCAUGCAGGGAGCGCAGACCCCAUACCUGCGCUUGUCUGCCCUGCAGCAAGGGGAGUACACCUUCCAGCUGGCGGUGACGGAUUCCGCGAGGCAGCAAUCCACCGCGGUGGCCACCGUCCUCGUGCGGCCAGAGAGCAACAGGCCUCCGGUGGCCGUGGCUGGCCCCGACAAGGAGCUGGUCUUCCCCGUGGGGAGCACGGCCCUGGAUGGGAGCAGCAGCAGUGACGACCACGGCAUCGUCUUCUACCGCUGGGAGCUGGUCAGAGGCCCCAGUGCGGUGGAAAUGGAAAAUGUGGACAAGGCAGUAGCCACCGUGACUGGCCUGCAGGUGGGCGCCUACCGCUUCCGCUUAACGGUGAGAGACCAGCAGGGACUGAGCAGCACGUCCACCCUGACAGUGGCCGUGAAGGUGAAGAAGGAAAAUAAUAGCCCUCCCAGAGCCCGGGCUGGUGGCAGACAUGUUCUUGUGCUUCCCAAUAAUUCCAUUACUUUGGAUGGUUCAAGGUCUACCGAUGACCAAGGAAUUGUGUCCUAUCUGUGGAUCCGGGAUGGCCAAAGCCCCGCAGCUGGAGACGUCCUCGAUGGCUCUGACCACAGCGCAGCCCUACGGCUCACCAAUCUGGUGGAGGGCGUCUACACUUUCCAGCUGCGAGUCACCGACGGGCAGGGAGCCUCGGACACAGACUCCGCCACUGUGGAGGUGCAGCCAGACCCUAGGGAGGGUGGCCUGGUGGAGCUGAUCCUGGAGGUGGGCGCUGGGCAGCUGACGGAGCGGCAGAAGGGCACCCUGGUGAGGCAGCUGGCCGUGCUGCUGCGUGUGAUGCACUCGGACAUCAAGGUUCAGAAGAUCCAGGCCCACUCGGACCUCAGCACCACGGUUGUGUUUUACGUGCAGAGUGGGCCACCUUUCAAGGUUCUCAAAGCUGCUGAAGUGGCCCGAAAUCUACAUAUGCGACUAUCCAAGGAGAAGGCGGAUUUUUUGCUUUUCAAGGUCUUGAGGAUUGAUACAGCAGGGUGCCUCCUCAAGUGUUCCGGCCAUGGCCACUGCGACCCCAUCACAAAGCGCUGCGUCUGCUCCCAGCUGUGGAUGGAGAACCUCAUCCAGCGUUACUUCCGGGGUGGCGAGAGCAACUGUGAGUGGAGUGUAUUCUACGUGACAGCGCUGGUUUGCGUGCUCACCGUGAUGGCGGGAGGCUUAACGCGGGUUUGCAUCUGCUGCUGCAAGAGACGGAAAAGGACCAAAAUAAGGAAAAAGACAAAGUACACCAUCCUGGAUAACAUGGACGAGCAGGAAAGAAUGGAGCUGAGGCCCAAAUACGGGAUCAAGCACCGAGGCACAGAGCACAGCUCCAGCCUGAUGGUGUCUGAGUCUGACUUUGACAGUGACCAGGACACCAUCUUCAGCCGAGAAAGGAUGGAGAGGGGGAACCCCAAAGUGUCCAUGAACGGCUCUGUCAGAAAUGGGGUCUCCUUUGGGUACUGCUCCAAAGACAGGUAAGGGAGCAGCUGGAAGUGGAAGGACCUGCACAGGAACCCUUGAACCCAGGACCUCGAUUGGCAGCGAAAGCUGUGAGUAGUGCAGCCUCAUCUUCCCACAGUGGCCUGAACCCGUGCUCUGCUAAUUAAAGGGCCUGUGUGCUUGGCGACAGAAAUCAAAGCCAAAACACUGCUCCUUGAACUGGAUUGCUUGCUAGUAGGAAUGAGAACUGGGUAACACUUCAUGCACUUAAAAGACUGCCUGUCCUGUAGCUGGUACAAUA